UUUAUCUCCCUGAACUAGUGUAGGAGCCGGAAGUACUGUGAACAUCCUAGAAAGAAAUACAACAUGCCAACAUGAUUAAAGAAAAAAUUGUUCGGGAAAGUGAAUAUAUUUUUGCACAAUGAUAAUAAAUCGGUGUAUCCUACAGAAAAGAUUAAACGAGAGGUAUAAGAUCAACUCGAGUAACGACCUCAUCUGUCGGUCAGGUCUUGCACACUCUCCUGGUAGUACUUGAGAAAGUAAUUAAACUGUUAAGGUUUCGAGAUGUCAGUGUGCCUGUGAAGCAGAAGAUGGCUUUUUUCUGCAUCAGACUUUUAAGAAGUAAAAGACUCUGCUAUCUACUGGCUUGUAGAAACAAUUGGCAGAAGGGAUAUAGAACAUGUCUUUCCAAACAGAAGAAAUGCACUCUCUCCCUGUCCGUCCAAGGCAGACGUGCAGAUAUUUUCAGAGACAAUAAUUUGCAGCCGUGGCUGCAGGUACAGACAGGAUUAGCAGGCAGUGAGGACCUGGGGACGCUGUGUGCAAUUCGCUUGGCUCUCUGCAAAAGCAUCAAACCCAGACUUCUCAGUGUCAGUGCUGGCCAUCAGAGAACCCUGUACACAUGCAUCCCAUCAGUUUGCAGUAUCACCCUGCAGGUCGGCCUGCCUUGCUGUCAGCAGUUCCACACCUCAGCGUCAUACAGAGCCCUGCCUGUUCCGCUCGUAUGGAUGAUCAUCAAACCGCUUCAGAAGCUUUUGGCUAUCAUACUGGGCAGGAGUAUCCGAAAGUGGUGGGCCGGGCUACCCCAGAACCGGCAGGAGAUGUUGCGCCAGGCCCUGUGGAGGAAGCGCUGGCAUGCUGCGGCAGGCAUAGCAGCGCUCGUGGCAGUUCUGGCACUCUUCCUCCUCACGCACCUGGACGAGUCGCCCAUCACCAGUCGGAUGCGGCUCCUGGUCUUCAACAGAGACAAGUUUAUUGAACUGGCUGAGCUGACUGCUGAGGGGUACAUGGAGGAAUUCAAGGAUACUCUGGUGUCCCGAGAUGAUCCACGGCAUAAGGUGGUGGAGACUGUUGUCAGUCACUUGGUGCAGAGAAACCGGGACCUUCCUGAAAUGUCUGCUCUCCCCUGGACUGUCCAAGUGGUGGAAGACCCCACAGUCAAUGCCUUUGUUCUUCCGAACGGACGGGUCUUUAUCUUCACCGGAAUGCUGGAGGCUGUUGCUGACAUUCAUCAGCUGACAUUCAUUCUUGGGCAUGAAAUGGCACACGCAAUCAUCGGACACUCUGCAGAACAGGCCAGCAUGUCUCAUAUUGUGGAUUUCCUCUCAGUCAUCCUCCUCACAGCAGUCUGGGCCAUUUGUCCUCGGGAUAGCCUGGCUGUCUUGGGACAGUGGAUUCAAGGCAAAUUAGUCCAGUUCAUGUUUGAGCGGCCCUACAGCAGGAAGUUGGAGGCAGAAGCUGACAAAGUAGGACUUCAGCUGGCUGCUAAGGCAUGUGCAGAUGUUCGGGCUGGGCCAGUGUUCUGGCAGCAGAUGGAGAUCUUGGAUCGGCUGGAGGGGGAGCCCAGCAUGCCCGAAUGGCUCUCCACCCACCCGUCCCACAGGAACCGUGCCACCCAGCUUGACCGCCUUGUCCCACAGGCACUAGAACUGAGGGAGAGGUGUGACUGCCCCACUUUGCCCACCAGAGACCCCCGCACUGUGUUCAGGAAGAGCAUGCAGGUGCUGCUGGAGAGUGUGAGAGAGAAAGCAGACAGCCCCUCCCACGGUGGAAGCAUCUUGGAGACUGCCCAGAGCCAGCGCCAGCCCAGAGCCCAGCCUCUGCCCAUGCCACCACACCCAGAGAAUGAGCAGAAGCACCCUAGGGUCUUUGCAGCAAAAGCACAAUUUACAGAAUCCCUGAAUGCCACCCAGAAAUGAACAGCUCCCUCUUCUCAGUUAAAAGUACAGUUAUAACACCUUGUAGUUCUGUGUUGACUCAGUCCUCUAAUCAAGUGGCUAUAAACGACUCAAAAAAACAAGAAACGUUUCAGACUAGAUUGUCAGCCUAGAUGAGGCCAUUUGGCUCUGCUAGUUCACUUGGCUAUAUAUAUCUUUUAGUGUUUAGCGCUGCACUAUUACUCUCUCUGCAGCGUGAGGCCUAUUUAGAAAAAGGAUCUUUAUUGAUUUGUUUUUUAAGGACGCCAUUUGUUUGUUUUCUGUGUUUGUUUUGGUAUGAUUUCAAAGGAUUGUAAGUCUCAGAAAUUCUAUAGUGGGAUUAACAAGAAAUGACCUACUAUAGAAAAUGUGGAAUAGAGGUCUUGUGAAUGUGAAAUUACAAAAAUGAACAGGUUGUCAUCUUUUCAAAGUUUCUUAUCAAUUUCUGUACCCCUCACUCCUUCACAAAAAACAAAGACUCAUAUCCACACAUUGUCCCUGAAGACUGGAUAAAUAACAGGACAGGAUCUUGUUCUAUGUUUUGAAAGAUCUGAGGAUUUUUGUUAAGAGCAAGGAUGCUAUCCCUCUGUCUUGGCCUUGUCCAAAAGUACCAAUAAAGUGUGGUUUACCUAAA